AUGGCGGGGGUCCCAGGACCAGCUUUCAGAGGGUCCGAGCGUCUCUCGGCGUCCUCUUUGUGUUGUGAAGACAGCAGGAAGAGGUCGGACCUGCGGCCCGUCUCGGAGCUGGCAGCCUGCGGACACCAUGUGGGGUUUUUAUCCCCGCACGUCGACUCUCAGGCUGCACUCAAAGAAGAGGGCCGAGCCCACGCUGAGACCACACAAACGGGCUCUUCACCCACGGCCGGCCCGCCACUCUUUGAGUCACAUGACCCGCCGACACUUUCACUUCCUGUCGCUCAGUUUGUUUAA